AUGUUGGGCGCUGGAUUGCAGCAUGGACGUAGUAGUGGUGGAGAGGAUAGGUUUUACAUGCCGGCGAAAGCGAGAAGGAUUCGUCAGCAUCAAGAGAACCUCCGUAGAGCUCAAAGUAACGUUAGUCCGACCCAAUCUACGACAUCUUCUGUCAGGGAGGAACCGGAGAAUCAACUCAUGCAACCAUCAAAUCCGGAGCCGUUGGAAUCCUCAGUGGUAGCGGUGCCGGCAACAUCAUCGUUGUGUAAUCUUGAACGGUUUUUGGAAACUGUUACGCCUUCUGUUCCUGUUCAACAUCUCUCCAAGAGAACUAUGAGAGGAUGGAGGACAAGUGAUGUGGAAUAUCAACCAUACUUUGUUCUUGGUGAUUUGUGGGAAUCUUUCAAGGAGUGGAGUACUUAUGGUGCUGGAGUUCCUUUAAUAUUGAAUGAAGCUAAUUGUGUGAUCCAAUAUUAUGUGCCUUAUUUAUCUGGAAUUCAAAUAUAUGUAGACCCUUUGAAGUCUUCAAUAAAUUCUAGGCAACUAACUGAGGAUAUUGAUGAUAACUCAUUUACGGAUUCAAGUAGUGAUGGGAGCAGUGAUUAUGAACAGGAAAAGGGUUCUUUACAUUAUCUAAGGGAGAAGAGUAAUAAUCAUCACCCAAAGAAUGACAUUCUUCACCUAAUGGAUCAUUUGUCAAUGAAUGAUGAGAACAAUGUAGUUCAAGAAGACUUUUCUAGUGAUGAUAGUGAUUCUGCCACCACUCAAAGUUGCUUGAUAUUUGAGUACAUGGAACAUAGUCAGCCUUUGGGCAGAGAACCUUUGUGUGAUAAGAUACUUGAUCUUGCACAACGUUUCCCUGAAUUGAAAAGUCUAAGAAGUUGUGACUUGCUGCCAUCUAGUUGGCUUUCUGUCGCUUGGUACCCAAUAUACAUAAUUCCCAUGGGGCCCACCUUGAAAGAUCUUGAUGCUUGUUUUCUAACUUUUCAUUCCCUUCACACUCCUACUACAGGCAAUGAAUGUGAGCAUCCACCUGUUGUAAGGCAUUUCAGUGGGACGGGUGUGGUCUCAUUACCAGCAUUUGGUCUUGCUUCAUACAAAUUCAAGGCACCACUGUGGGUCCCCAAUGAAUUGAAAAGACUAGAAUGCCCUGAUGGACUAUUCACUAUUCUAUAUGUGUUUGUUACUUACAUAGAAGUACUAGUGUUGAAAAGACUAGAAUGCCCUUAUCAUGUGAUGUGUCAAUAAACUGAUGGAUUACACAGAAGCAGGUCUCCUCCACGUAGGAGUAGGUCACCUUCUAGAAGCUGAUUCCAGAAGCCCUUUGCAGCGUUCUGAUUCCAAUGUAAGUUUUUUUUACCUGUGGAAUCAUUGAUUCCGAGUGUUGAUAUUUUUUUAUUGAUUACUUUUUAUCUUAUCUUUUAUAUAUUAUUAAUUAUUAUUAACCCUUGGUUGUGGUAUAAUAUGUAAGGUUUGCCUGGACCAAUGGGGUUGAUGAGUACUAGUCAUUUGGAACAAGAAGCUGCAGUACUUGCUUUGUCAACUUUGAUGACCAUAGCUCCUGCACAAGUUUAUGCAGAAUUUGAAAAGGUAAUUUUUUUUAUUUAUGAACUUUCAAAGCAACUUUUAUUGUUUUACAUCACUUGAAUUUUAGUGCAUUAGGUGGUAUAAUAUGUUGAAAUGUUGAACGUUUUAUGAUGAGAUUGUUUAAUUCAAAUAAGGGAAGUAGAAUAAAGGAUAAAUUAAUUCAUAAUGUCUAUGAAACCCCUUAUACCCUUCUCUUGAACGGUGAAAUAAAUUAUAGAGGCGAGAUAGAACAAAGGAGUAUG